AUGAAGCCUCAAGUAGCUGAUGAGCAUAUUUUGAAGUUGAAAGCCUUCCCAUUUUCGUUGGCUGACAAGGCAAAACAAUGGCUCUACGAGUUGCCUAGUGGACGAAUUACAUCUUGGGGAGACAUGAUGAAGGCGUUUCUUGAGAAGUAUUUUCCUACAUCUCGCAUCAUCAUGCUUAGGAAGAAGAUAAGUGGCAUCCAACAAGGGCAGGAUGAGUCCUACGCAGAAUACUAUGAGAGAGAUAUGCUAGAUGCAGCUUCUGGUGGAUCUUUUGUUGACAAGGAGCCUGCGGCUGGAAUGAUCCUUAUUGAGAAUAGGGCCUUGAAUCAACAACAAUAUGGAAGCUCUAGGUCCAAGACCACCACCACACGUGAAAGGGUCCAUGAGGGAGCACAAGGACAAGUCAUGGUGUGUGGAGUAUGUUCUAUGCAAGGGCAUGUAUCUGAUCAAUGCCCUCAACUCAUGGAAAGUGGAGGACAAGAAGGUGUCAACGCCAUAGGCUUCCAACAAGGGUACCAACGUCCUAGGAAUGAUCCAUACUCGAAUACUUACAAUCCUGGAUGGAGGGAUCACCCUAACUUUUGUUGGAAGGACAAUGACAACGUUCAAAAUGCACCUCAAGGAUUCCAACCACGUCCUCAAGGCUUUUAUCAAAAGCCCCAACCUCCUAACCCUACUCCUUUUAAUUCGAACUUUAAUUCCAAUGCUUCUUCUUCUUCUAAUGAUGAGUUGAUUCGAACCCUAACUAAAUCUACUCAAGCUUUGAUUGCAGGUCAAACUCACCAUGGGAAUCAGAUCAAUGCAAUAUCUACGGAUGUCAAUGAGAUGAAGAAGCAGAUGAGUCAAGUUGUGGAGUUUAUGGGUAAGUUUCAUGAGCAAGGAAAGCUACCAAGUGGUACCAUCCCAAAUCCUCACUUUGAGCAAGCCAAAUUCGUCACUACAAGGAGUGGUAAGACCCUUGUAGAUCCUCCAACGCCUCCCAAGAAGGUCUCAACACUAGGCCAAUAA